CGCCUUUGUCUCAUGCCUGCGCCAAUAUAAUUCUGUGUUGCAAUCAAAAAGUAGUGUGUGAGUUGACAUAAUAAUUUAGGAUAUAUUGGUGUGGAUAACAGCUCAGAGGUCCACAUAGUCAGGUUUUUGGUGGUUAUUGUCCUCCACUCAUGCUUUACUUCCCAGAUAAGCCCAUCUGUGAUGACUCUGGCAGUUUGCUUUGUGUUGUCGUGUUUGUAGGCCCCACGUUCCGGGCCUGUCGUCAGCAGGCUUUUGACUCGGCAGCACAGCUCAGGUGACGGAAGUUUAAAUAUCUCAUUUUGGACAGGUGAACCGUCGGCCACGGGAUGAUGCAGUGGCGUGCUUUGUGUUUCUCCCACUGCUGGUGGAGCUCAGUGUGACAUUGUCUGCUCUCUCCACAAGGCAAACAUUCCAGACUGCCGGCCCACAAGGACACAGAAUCAAAAGUGGAAAAAAAACAGCUUGUGAAAUACUUUUGCACACACUUGUUUAGUGUUAAAAGGUUAUUGAACGCAGCUCUUCUUGACAUGAGAGCUACUUUCCAAAAGCCUAGAUUACAGCAAGGACGCCAUGCAGGACAAUAACUCCUCCCCUCUUCUCAAAUCCCCUUUUAUAAUCCCUCCAGAGAUCUGCCGGCAGCACAAGGUGUGUGGUUUGUACACGGCACGGGCUCUUGUGUCACACGGGAGUGAAGGUGCAGUGAAGUGCAACUUCUUUUCAGGCGUCGGUCCAUGCGUUCGGGCUAAAAUGGUUGAUGUUGUCUCGCCACACACAAUGCCAUCGGAAAGCGAAGUUCAUGUGGCGAGGUGCUUUCUCACCAAGAUUUUGCGAAGCUCCAUGAGGAAGAACCGCUUCAAAGGAAAGAAUGAUUCCAGCUCACGGCCUCAUUCCUGGCAUUCUUCCAAGCUGAAAGAGGAGGAGUCAGAGUGUCCUGGCAGAGAGUCCACAUCGGUGCCAGUGUGGCAGCCAAAGGAGGCAAGGUCCAAGGAGUCAUCCUUUCAAGUGGACCAGAAUAACCUGCAUCUGCGAACUGGGCAGCUGAGCUCAGCGAACGGCAUGGAGAAACUCGAGCGUCCUGCUCAUCCCUUCCCAGCAGAUUGUUCUUCUCCAACUACAUACAACAGCAUCACUGAGCCUCUCAGUAAAACACAAAGCAGAAGAGACACAUUCAGCUGCUUCUCCGCUGUCUCGGGUCCUCCGUUUCUCGAUCCAAGGACGGGGACGAGCAUUGAAAACAUUUUUUUCAAGGGAUUUCCCGGUGGAGGGUCUGUUUCAACGGAGCGGCCCAAAUACUUGCAGGCUCUUCACCUCGAGGGGUCAUGGUUACAUGAGCGGAACUCAUCUCGGAUGGCGAGUGAUCUGAGGCCCGGCGCUGGCCCAUUGUGGCAGGUACCAGAGAAGAAGAAAUCUCCGUCUCCGCCCCUCCAAUUGCAAAGUGAUAGUUUUGCUGCCACAAAGGUAUUCCCAUACUCUGAGGGACCUGAGAGACAUCGAAGGACUUAUGACAGGAUGGGUGAAAAGCUGACCGAUAGUAACAAAUCCAUCUCAGAUAAACCCUCAGAAUCUCGACGUAGCUUCACCCCGCUGUCUGACAAGGAGGUACUCCAUCCCAGCAGAGCAGGUGAACACAAUCAACCACGCCCAAAGAAACAUUUCUCCUUGUCCAGCACUGAUGUCAGACUGUCUCAUCACACCAACAUACCAGCCCACCAGAGGCAAUACAGUGACGAGAGUCCUUUCUACACCCAGACAUUCUUAGCUCCUCCCACCAAUAUUCAGAGUGUUGGAAGUUACUAUCGCAGUCUUCAGGAUCUGCCGAUGAAGACGUACAUUGCACCCACAAAAAUAGAAAACAGAGAACAGAACAGAUACUCAGGCCCGGUCAACAAAAAGACCAGGCCUGUGCCAUAUAAUGAAAAUAAGGAACACAGUGGCCCUCUAAGAAAUGUCCUCCUUGACCAUCAAAGUUCUGAAUGCUCCAACAGUCCUCAGGAAGCCACAAAGAGAAGUGAAGGACAGGCAAUUUUCUCAGUUCAUCAAAAUAAAAAGCAUUUCAGCCUUUCAAGACUCCAUGAUCCCUGGGUGCCUCAAGAAGACCACAGAAUAUCCGCCUUCAGGACCCCGUUACUUCAUUCUCUGGCACAGGAGAGUAGAACAGUCCCGCCCACGAGCACCGCGUCACCCCAGAAUGUCUACGACUCCAUGGCCGCCAGUUGCGGGAAAGUCGGUCGGCGCAGUGACCGUUUUGCCACCACACUACGGAAUGAAGUGAGGCAGAAGCAAGUUGAGCUGCAAAAAAGCCGUAGUGCCGCGACGCUGACUUGCAAUGUUGAUGAUGCCAACCUGGCGGAGUGGAAAGCUGGAGAGACGUCUACAUCGUGUAGCGUCUCCUCCUCAAACACGUACAAAGAUAAUCUGAAAGAGGCGCAGGCCAGGGUUCUUAAGGCAACCUCCUUCCAGAGACGGGAUCUAGAGCCCUUUGGAGGAGAGGCGCCAGUCUCUAAAACCACCAAUGGACGUGUUAGAGGGCGUAAGCGCUUUCCCUUGGCCAAGCGAACGCAUUCUUUCUCAGAACCGGACAAGAUAGACAGACUAGGAAUGGACAGAGAGCAUCAGGUUGCGUCAUUUCCCCAAAUGGAAUUGUUUGAUGCCAAGCCUGCAGUUUCUGAGCCGGUUAAGUCAGUGUCAAAGUCCGGUACAGAAAGCAAGGACAGAACUUUAUCAGAAAAAGCGGAGGUGACUCAUCUGGGUGGCGAAGCCAGCUCCCUGAACCCCCCAUGGGAGGAGGUUCAACAGGACCAACAGAGGCUGGGAACCUUUGCUGAGUACCAAGCCUCAUGGAGAAAACAGAAGAGGACAUCUGAGGCCAAGAUCCAAGGCAGGUAUUACUCAGCAGAGAACAUCCUAGACACCGAAGCUGAGGAGGAGGUUAUGUGCUUCCAUGAGAGAUCCAGAUCUUCUCCCUCUGCAGACUUCCAUGCACAGAAUAGUCCAUCCCUGUUGAGAAAUCCACAAGACAAGCAGAGCAGCGACAGGAAAGAACCUCCAUUUCCAGGCACCACUGAGAACCAGACUGGCCAAGAUACUGUCCGCCCUGCCGAUGUCAUGGUCUCCUCUGGCCCUCAUAACCUGAGCCCUGUCCUUCACUCAGCCCCAAACCCACAAGCCAAUGGCGUGCCACCAUCCCGUCCCCAUUCAGAUCCUGAAACAACUUCCUCAUCUCAGGAUUUCCUCUCAGAGGCCCUUGAGGAACCAGCGAUGCUGCGGCUGCCAUUGGGCUUGGAGACCCAGCAGUACGCCUCUACUGAGAGGCCCAACCCUGCUGAAUCACCUCACUUGUGCAGGAUGCCUGGACCUGACAGGAAUAACGAAGAAGCCGAGGAACUAAAGGAGCAGUCUGCAUCUAUCACCUCUUUGUCUUGUCUUGCACUAAAUCAAGCGUGCUCUCCUUCACCGUCACUUUCUGUGCAGGAGGACUCAACUCAAAGAUCUGAAAAUGACCUCAAGCUCUGUGAAGCUGUGAUGUAUGCUUCAGGGACGAUCGUCCAAAAUGAAACUAGCACUGAGUGUUCAGACGUAGAGAGAGUCGUUUCCCCGUCAGAUAUGUGGUGGUGUCCUGGCAUCAACAUCUCCCUGCAUGGCGAGGCGUCACCCUCCUCACUAUUUGUCUGCAGUCACCAGCCCACGAUGGACCCCGGACUUGGUCCAGUCAAAGGGAACAGUCUUGAGUUAGGUCCAAUGGGGGAAGAGGCCAAGAGAGAGCAGCUGGUGCGGGACAUUAUGGGCAAAGACAAAUCUCUGGUGGACAUUUUAGAUCACAGUGGAAGGAAGACCACCAUGGAUCUGAUGGAGGGAAUAUUUCCCCCAGAGGAGCAGAUUCUUGAGGGGGGCCAGCAGCGCAGAAAAACCUCCAACGGCUCCAGGCUACCUAUCACAAGCAGGAGGGAGGAGGACGAUGUCUCAACAACAGGUUCCCUGGUUCCCAGCUCUUCCUACUACAACACGUCAGCUCCAAAGGCUGAGCUCCUCAUCAAGAUGAAGGACAUGAAGGAACAACUUCUGGAACAGGAGUCUGAAGAUGAGCUGGACGUGGACCUGGCCAGUAAAAAGCACGAGCUCAUCUCCAGCCUGGCAAAGAAGCUCGAGGUGCUUCGAGAAGCGCGCCAAAGCCUCCAGGAGGACAUAGAGGACAAUGAUGCUUUGGGCUUUGAGGUGGAGACCACUGUGCAGCGUGUCUGCUUGCCCAACCAGCUCGACAAGUUCCGAAUGUUUGUGGGCGACCUGGACAAGGUUGUGAGUCUGCUGCUGUCACUGUCUGGUCGUCUCGCCCGGGUGGAGAACGCCCUCAACAGCCUGGAAGAUGAAGCGCCCCCGGAGGAGAAGCACACGCUGACUGAGAAACGCAAGCUGCUAAUACAACAGCAUGAGGACGCCAAAGAACUGAAGGAGAACCUGGAUCGGCGGGAGCGUCUGGUUUCCGCUAUCAUGGAAGCCCACUUGGACGCGGAGUGCCUGGAUGACUAUCGCCAUUUUGUGAAGAUGAAAUCCGCUCUCAUCAUCGAGCAGCGGAAGCUGGAGGACAAGAUCAAGCUGGGCGAGGAGCAGCUCAAGUGCCUGCUGGACAGUCUCCCAGCGGAGCAGAGGCCAUGGCUAUGAUACCUUCAGGAGCGCAGGAAGAAACUCUCCACUGGCAUCUGGACAGUAUACACUGUAUUUGCUGGUUGAACUGUUUCCCUUGAAGGUUUUUUUGUGGACAGCCAGGAAAAUUGAAGAAAUGGAUUGAAACCGCA